UACUGCGACACCAUCCCCGUGACGUCAAACCUGCGCGACUGGAAGCAAGCAGCAUGGUAUCCAGUUGUCCGGCUGAACUGUCGUGUUAAGAAGUCCCAGUCGAGGUUCAUUAAGUUUUUCUACCUUAACAACAACAUGGACACGAGCGAGGCGAACGACGACACUUUGGGAAUAGAGGUCAUUCUUCCAGACGGCGGCAAACCGGCGCCAUGUUGUCCGCACGGUCCAACCUUGCUGUUCGAGAAAGUUGGCAAAGGAGGAGAGAAAGGCCGGAGGUUCUACGCCUGCUCCGCCUGCAGGGACAGAAAAGACUGCAAGUUUUUCCAGUGGGAGGAUGAGAAGGUGUCGGAGGCCAGAGUUUUGGCCAGAGAGGCAGAGAACCAGUCAAAGAGACCUCCGUUCACACAGCAGGAGUACUGUAAGAGGUUCCGAAAGUUCGCCUCCCUCCCUCUGGAUGAGAAGAAGUUCUGUCAGGAUUGUCAGAUUCUGCUCCUUCCGGCGGAGCGCGAGGCUCACUCCUCUCACAGAUCCACGGCUGUCACCGCAGCUCAGCUGAGGAGGCCCAGCGCAAUGCUCCGUCCUCUGGACAACAAGAAGAGCAACGCCCAGUACCUGUUCACCGACCGCAGCUCCCACUUCCUGCUGGACACCCUGGCCGCUCUGGGAUACAAGAGGGUGCUGUGUGUGGGCACGCCCAGACUGCAGGAGCUGAUCAAGCUGCGGAACCUGGAGCAAAGCCAUGAGCCGAUGAAGAGUCUCCUGCUGGACAUCGACUUCAGAUACGCUCAGUUCUACAGCCGGGAUGAAUUCUGUCACUACAACAUGUUUAACCAUCACUUCUUUGAUGGGGAGGCUUCCAGCGCCAUCCUGCAGGCCUUCCUCACAGAGGCCGAUGGAGAGAAGGUGGUGAUGGUGGCUGACCCUCCAUUCGGCGGUCUGGUGAAGCCUCUGGCCAAUAGUUUCUCGUUGAUCUCACAGACAUGGGGGAAGCUGCAGAGUUCUGACAACAGUAACUCGGACAUGCCCAUGAUGUGGAUCUUCCCAUAUUUCUUUGAGCCUCGCAUCUUAGAAUGUUUCCCAUCAUUCACCAUGCUGGACUACCAGGUGGACUAUGACAACCAUCCUCUGUACAAACACGGGAAGACAGGCAGGAAGCAGUCUCCAGUCAGACUCUUCACUAAUAUCUCACCCCGAGACGUCGUUCUGCCCAAAGAGGAGGGCUACAGGUUUUGCUCUGUAUGUCAGAGAUUCGUCUGGUCCCUCAACAGGCACUGUACUAAAUGCAACGUCUGCCCAUCCAAGGAUGGCCGAGAAUGGAAACACUGCUCAGUGUGUGAGAAAUGUGUCAAACCAUCGUGGAGACACUGCCAGUCCUGCAGCCGCUGUGCCCUCCCAGACCACCUGUGUGGGCUGACUGAAGGAAAGGAGGGCUGCUUCAACUGUGGCAGCCUGAAGCACAAACGCAAAGCCUGCCCCGUCAAAGACACACACAGGGUCAGCAGGCAUCGGCCCGGUGCUAAGAGUGGAGCAAAAAAUGUAUCUCAUCGUCACGUCUUCAAGGCUAAAGGCAAGAGGAAGUCAGGAGCAGCUCGCAGAGCGAAGAAGAUGGCUGCUCUAUCCGUGUGACCUCCACGUUCAUGCAGUAUUUUGUCAGCUGUGCAAUCUUAAGGAAAGAGGUUCAACUCAAAGGACUGUUCUUAAAAGUGUUGACAGUUGUAGAAUAAUAAAAGUAAUAUGAAAAGAC